ACUAAAUAAAAGUUUAAAAUCCCAUAAAUAUAGGCGUGUUUGUGUGUAUGAUAAAAGAGAGCAACCACCAUGCACACUCUUUCCAAGAAGCUGAAACAACCAUCUUCAUUUUUUUUUGCAAGCAAAGGAAAUUUAUUAGAAAUUAAAUAGGAAGAGUACAAAAUGAUGAAAGAAAGCUAAUGAAACAACCAUCUUCAUAUUUCUCAUUCUUUGCUCCUUCCCUAUUUCUUUGUCUACUCUGCAUUGCCGCUCUCUUCUUUAGCUUUUUUCUGUUAAAGUCCUCUCCAUCCUCACCUCAAAAUAACAGUCGCACUAACCAGGAACCGUUGUUCUCUCCUUUUUGCAAUGUUUCGCAUGGCCGGUGGAUCUACGACCCAACAUUCAAGUCUCCUCGCUAUGAUAAUACCUGCAAGGAUGGAAUUGCAUUGGGAGGAAAUAAUACAAUGCGCUACAAUCUCCCUCAGUUCAAUGCUCUCCAAUUCCUCGACCGUUUCAGAAACACCAAUAUUGGGUUUAUCAGUGACUCCUUAAAUAGAAACAUCAAACAUGUUUGUCUCCUUGUUUUGUACUUUAAAAGGAGUGUCUGGUGAAGUGAAGAAAUGACAUUCUGCUGAUGCAGAUCGUGGCUUUACCUUCCUGAAGUAUAAACUUACCAAUGCAUAUCACAGGAUCCAUCUCUUGGCUCGUCAUGGUAGGUACUAGGUGGACUGCCAAUGCCAAUGAUGGUGUACUGGAAUAUCUUGGAUAUAAGGAGGGAUUCAAAAUUGAUGUUAACACUUAACAUACCUGAAGGAACAUGGGCAGAUGCUCCAUUCAUCCAUGAUGUCCUUAUCUUUAACACAGCGCACUGGUGGUGGGCUCCUUCGAAGUUUGACCCGAUAAAUCACCCAUGCUUUUUUUAAAGAUCGAAAACCUGUACUGACUUAAACAGGACUUGAUUUGGUUCUUCAACAUGAUAUGAUAUCAUAUGUAGAGGAAAGAAUUCGGGAAAAUGCCUCAUAUUAUUUAGAACACAGUCUCCCAGGCAUUUUUAGGGUGGUGAUUGGGACCAUGGUGGCUCCUGUCAACGUUUGCGCCCUUUAUCUCUUCAAGAGGUAGAAGAAUUUUUCUCUGUCAAGAAUAAUGGAACUAAUGGUGAGGCACGCCUUGUAAAAUCAACACCUUCGCAAGAACUUAGAUGGAACUAAAUUAAGAAUAAUGGAUAUCACUCAUAUGAGUGAAUUCAGAACAUAUGCCCAUCCAUCAACGGUGGGUGGGGAAAACCACAACCAUUGCAUGCAUUGGUGCUUGCUUAGACUUGCUGAUACAUGGAAUGACUUGUUUAUAGCACACAUUAAUUGAUUAAACAUAUAGAGCUCAGGAACUCAAGUGUGUUUUGCAGUUUGGAUCUUUACUGAUACAUGGAAUGACUUGUUUAUAGCACACAUCAAUUUAUUAAUAAAAAAAAAGUGUGAUAAAAUUAGUUUAAGUACUACGAAGUAUCAACUAUCGCGCAUAAAAGAUGUAUAAUCACAAAAGAGUUAGGAUGUUUUUACUUGGACUGUAAUUUGCCCCAGACCAAACCAGACCAGUUCAGACCAGACUAGACCAGACUUGGAUAGUUAUAAAAAUACAAAGAAACCAGACCUUACCAGGCCAGGCCAGACCAGUUCAGACCAGAUCAGACCAGACCAGACCACACCAGCAAAUUACAGUCCAAGUAAAAACAUCCUUAUAGCAAAACCAUUAAAAGAUUCAAUAAAAAUGAUGUGAAGGAGUUCUCCUGUUAAAAAAACAUGUCAAUAAUUUUAAAUGAUUUAGCCACCAGAGGCAUAGCUCUAUCCUGACUUCUUUAAAUUUUUAAACAUUGUAUUUACCAACUCAUGUCAUCAUCCAUCGUUCACAAUGAAUGAACAGAGCAUUUAACUUUGCAUCUCAUAUUUUCAAUGAAAUUAAACUUUGCACCCAUUUUCAAACGUACAAUGUGUAGAAAGUCAAAUGACAUUAUAAUUAGUUGAGGUGAAUACAUUAAUGAUAUUGAAAAUAGGGUAGAAAGUCUAAUAUCACUCAAAAAAUAGAGUACAAAGUCAAAUUAUCCCUUUUUGAAAAAGUACUUCUAUUACCCAAAAUCUAGAUAACAAACAGCAAUAGAUUACAGACAGAUUCAUUAUGAGAACAUAGAUUAUACACGAAUCGAAACAAAUCACUAUCAGUAGCAAAUUUUCGAAUUUCACAAUGACUAAUUAUAUCCAUGUAUGAAUAUCCCAGAAAACUCGAUUCCUGUAACCAAAACGGGUGUUUUUGUUGUCUUGCUUCUGCUAACUUUAUAAGCCCAAUUUGAAUCCCUAGGAUAGGAAAUCAUAUCUUUUGUGGCAGUGUGCUACUUCCCAUUUGAAGUAAUUUCACUAAAAUGAAAUCCCACCAGGCUCUUUACACAAACAAGGGCAUCAUAAACUUCGGAGAGAUCAGGAGGUGCCUUGCUUUUGAUCAAAACUUUUGUUUUGAUAUCAUGCAUGAAGAGGUUUUCGUUGUUAUGAAGCAAAAGAUGAUCACCAUUCCUGAAAUACGGGAUUGGAAGUGGAACACUAAGAGGGGAAGUUGGAAAGGUGCGUGGGAGAAAAGACAACAUAGCCCAAGACUCAUUGGCACCAUACUCCUUCAUCUCCCACACCUCUGCAAAUAAAAAUCUGCCAUUAUAAAUUAGAGCACAGAGUGAACCUUCAAGAUUCAUAAGCUGCACACAAGUGGUAAGGUUUUCAGGCAGCUGAAUCUCCCGGAAUGUUUCAGUAACAUGUCAACAUCAAAGACCAACAUCAAGAAAAAUUCAUCACUGCUGGAACUCACCAACCAGUGCAAAGCAUUGCCACGCUCCACACCAUUGUAUAUAGCAUAAGUAAAGGGUUUGGGGAUAUCAUCACAUUUUUUCCACGAUUUGUGUUUACACUAUAAAUCUUGACCUCUGGGCUAAUAGUACCAGUAGAGGGCCCAUUAGAGUCGAUUGAUAUCAUCAACUUAUAAUCGUCUGUAACAGGAUAGUGUCCAAAUCCGGUGAGCAAAACUUUGAUUUCAUGCUUGGGAAUAGACUGGAAAUGAUCAGAGAUGGGUAAACUGAUGUACCUUCGAAUGAAAGGGUUCCAAAUCGCCAUAUCCAAAUUGCGGUUCAUAACAGCAAGCAAUCCAUUGCAGCUUCCGAGAAUUAUGACCCCAGUUCCAAAGUCUAUUGGGCAAGUAAGUCGAACGAAAGAGUCGAGAUCGUUCGAAGCAGUCCAGCAGAGAUCGUUGUUGUCCCCGAACACGAACCCGAAUUGGGAAGGAGAUUCCGGCGUGUGUUUGAGGUGUAGCUUGAUAAAAUCACGGCCGUUGAAGAGGGAGCAACUUAGAUACGCACUUGUAGCGCAGCAGAUCUUUCGCAAAUAAUCGGCAAAGAAUCUGCACAAUUAAGUCCCAUGGGAUCUCGGAGGUCAUCUCCAUUCACCAGAACUUAUUGAGUCUUCAUCGGAUCCGACUUUAUAUAGGCAAUAUACAGGCAUCAACUACAUAUACGGAGUAACUUUUAAUGAAGCUCCUGGGUUGCCUUUUCAUCUCCCCAAGAUAAGCUCUCCAUUUUAUGUAAUUUGUUACUUCUA